CUUGACUUCACAAGUCAACCGCCUCACCGCUAUUUAUAUGCUCACGUUGAGCGUAUGAUUCCUCACCUUCCGGGAAAUUUCUUGAAGAGGUUUCUAUUUAUUCCAAUUUCCCCCCCUUCUUUCUCUUUUUUCCUUUCCCCCUGUUUUUGGUUCACCGGAAUCCAUGGAUACUAAGGUAAUCUCCACUGGAGUCCGUUACACCCGUCUCCCGGAUAGCUACGUCCGGCCAGAGUCCGACAGACCAAAACUGUCCGAGGUAAAGGAUUGUGACGACGUUCCCAUAAUUGAUCUAGGCUCUGAAGAUAGAACCUCAAUUGUCCAGCAAAUAGGCAACGCUUGUCUACUGUACGGCUUUUUCCAGGUGAUAAAUCACGGGGUGUCGAUGGAAGCGGCGGAGAGAAUGCAAGAAGUGGCGCACGAGUUUUUCCUGUUACCGGUGGAGGAGAAAAUGAAGCUGUACUCCGACGACCCAGCAAAGACCAUGAGGCUGUCAACCAGUUUCAAUGUGAAAAAGGAAACGGUACAUAAUUGGAGGGACUAUCUAAGGCUUCACUGCUAUCCUCUGGAUCAGUAUGUGCCCGAGUGGCCUUCCAAUCCCUCUUCCUUCAAGGACACUGUGAGUGAUUAUUGCAAGCAAGUUAGGGAACUUGGGUUCAGAUUGCAGGAGCUCAUAGCAGAGAGCUUAGGCCUGGAGAAAGACCACAUCAAAGAUGUGUUGGGUGAGCAAGGACAACAUAUGGCCGUCAACUACUACCCACCGUGCCCGCAACCGGAGCUGACCUACGGGCUGCCAGGCCACACCGACCCGAAUGCCCUCACCAUUCUCCUGCAGGACCUUCAAGUCUCAGGCCUUCAAGUCCUCAGGGAUGGGAUGUGGAUGGCUGUCAAACCCCACCCGAAAGCGUUUGUCGUUAACAUCGGCGAUCAAUUACAGGCUCUGAGUAACGGAAGAUACAAAAGUGUGUGGCACAGAGCCAUUGUCAACGCCGAUAAACCGAGGAUGUCCAUUGCCUCUUUCCUUUGUCCCUCCAACGAAGCCUUGAUAAGCCCUCCGGCGAAGCUCACAGAGGAUGGAACUGGAGCCGUUUACAAGAGCUUCACCUAUGCGGAGUAUUACAAGAAGUUUUGGAGUAGGAAUCUGGAUCAAGAACAUUGUUUGGAACUUUUCAAGAAUUAAUAAGAGAAUAAAUUCUUUACACUACCGUUGUAAACAUUUGUUUUCUCCAAAUCAAUUAUAUUGCGCCACGUCGCCAUGUUUUCUUG